GUUCCGAAGAAGCAAUCGUACGCGCAGCAACGUGCACUCCACCGCUCCCAGCGUUCGCGUUUCAAUUUUGGGGGUUUCAGUUUCGUUUCGUCUAGUCGCGUCCAGUAAUUCGUGUGGGGACUCUUGUAACGAUGCAACAGUGCUUGUGAAACCAAAUCGAGGAACGCCGGUUUCGUGUCUGUGUUACCACUUACUUAUGGGGAUAUCUGAAGAUAAAGCUUGCUACUGCAAAGCUGACAAGCCGAAGGGAGAGCCGAUCUUUUCGCCGCUCAAAAAGAUGAAGGUCCUCAAGAAGAUCAAACGUCGCAUCGGAUUAGCUUGCCGAUCAUCUUCCAAUGGAGGAGGUACCAAUAAUUUGCCGCCACUGCUUUUCCACAACGUACAUGGGGAAAACAUUAGGAUUUCGCGUGACGGAACCGUAGCCAAAAGAGUUGAAAGUUUCUGCAAAGGAAUCGCCUUCAGCUCCAGACCAAUUAAAGUUAAUGAAAAAGUCUGCAUUAAAUUUCUGGAAAUCUCCAACAACUGGAGCGGCGUGAUCCGUUUCGGUUUCACCUACAACGACCCAACGAGCCUAAGAUGCGGUUUGCCAAAGUAUGCCUGUCCAGAUUUGACCAACAAACCCGGCUAUUGGGCAAAGGCCUUGCCGGAAAGAUUCUGCAGUCAAAACACCGUGCUUUUCUACUACGUCACGUCCACCGGGGACGUCCACUUCGGCAUCAACGGCGAGGAAAAGGGAUUUUUCUUGGGAAACGUGGAGACCCGCGGCCCACUCUGGGCAUUGAUCGACGUGUACGGUAACUCGACCGCCAUUGAAUUCGUGGACGUUCGUCAUCAGCUCAACAAUUCGCGACACAGCAACACACCAGCCGGACAAUGCGAGACGCCGAGAGAUCAAAUCGAGAGGGUUAUUCACCCCAUGCAACAAAUGGCCAUUCAACAACGGGAUGAGGAGAUGUCCCUGCCUCUGUUGAGGUAUCAACCACCUAAUGUAAACUUCAACGCCAUGAGUUUGCACAGAACGAGGGGAAGAAAUGUGCGGUUCACGAAUAGUAAUAGGAGCGUAGCAUUUAGGACUGACACCGAAUUCUGCCAAGGAUAUGUUUUCACUGGCAGACCUCUGCAGUUAGGUGAAAGAGUGGUUGUACAAAUCUUAGCGACUGACCCCAUGUUCCAAGGUUGUCUGGGAUUGGGUCUAACUUCCUGCGAUCCUGCCACCCUUCAAGCGGGCGAUCUCCCGGACGAUUCCAACUUCUUGUUGGACCGCCCCGAAUAUUGGGUAAUCAGCAGAGACAUCGCCAGGAAUCUGAGCAAAAACGACGAAAUCAGUUUCUGCAUCUCUCACAGCGGGGAAGUCCAAAUCAGUCGCAACGGUGGACCACCACUUGUGGUAAUCCACGUAGACCAAACCCUCAGACUCUGGGCAUUCUUCGACAUUUACGGAUCCACUCAAAAGAUCCGCGUCCUUAGCAACCCUAGUCCCAUGUCCCCGAUCAGGCAACAGGACCGCAGAAUCAUCUCGCCAUCCGCCACCGAAUCUAUGAACAGUUUGAACACGCAAUCGGAAAUGCGUAGAAACUCUGUGAUGCAAUCGAACUCUAGGAUGUGUUGUGUGGCGCCUGCUGACAUUCAAGUGCAACCCAGUGCGAACGGCGGUGCAGUUCUCUCCGUCAUACUGCCUCCUACCCAUGCCAACAUAAUUAAUCAACAAUCCGUGCCAGUUAACCAUCAUUCUCACCAUACAAGCCAAAACUCAGUCAACAGUCAUCCUAGUCAACACAUUACCUAUGCGCCGGCGCACCAAAACCAUACACCAUCACCUCUUUCACCAGUACCCAGCACCAUCAUGGCUCCAGUCCCAGUGCCCGUACCGUCGUCAUCCAAUGGAGGUACUGGUACUAUGAUGUCCACCUGCAGCAGCACUUAUGUCGAGCCAAUUUCGGAUUCGAGUUCAUACUCUACACCACUGGGUUGGAUGGAGCACAACGGAGCAACAUUGGGCGCAGGAGCUGAAUGCACAAUCUGCUACGAAAACUCCAUCGACGCCGUUCUGUACAUGUGCGGUCACAUGUGCAUGUGCUACGAAUGCGCCUUGCAACAGUGGCGCGGAAAAGGUGGCGGCCAUUGCCCACUAUGUAGGGCCGUUAUCAAGGACGUAAUUCGCACCUACAAAUCGUAGACGGCCUGGAUCAAUCGCGAGACACCUGCUCAACCCAAACCAGAAAUGAGAGUUACUAAAACGAUUAUUUUUUAAGUGCUUCCAACGUUUAAAAUACGUCUAGAGCCAGGCAUAAAUGACAUUGUGUGUAUAGACGAAUCAAGACUGAAAAAUUUGUUGAUUGGUGAAAUUAUAUUUGUCCUUGUCCAUUGUUAUCAUGAUAAAUGUUAGUUAUUUUAUGACCUUAGAUUUUCGAAAACCAAAGACGUCGGGGCCUUAUGUGUUCUCUACGGGCUCCGGCAUUUUUACGUCAACAGAAAAUUAGUCAGUUCUGUUGUGUCCACGUUUAUUGUAAAUUUACAAAGUGGAAGUAGUCAGCUGUUAAUCGCAGUUUAAACUUAUUUAUUUAUUAUUGUACCUAGUUAUUUAUCGAUUUUUAAGAAACAGCCAAACCUACAAUCAGUUUGGACAUUUUUUUAUUAUUACCCUUUGCUUUUGAUUCUCUAUGAUUUUAUUGAAAAAAUUCGUUCUUCAGAUGGCAAGGGAUCAAAAUUUCUGUCUAAAUUGUUUCCAUAAAUUUACGGGAUUAAAUUUAUGGAAAACAGCCUUUGAAAUUAUCCAUCUGAUAGUUUAUGUUUACUAUUUGGGCAUUUGGAUUAACUAUACAUUCCUGAAAUGUUUAUGGCCAGUUUUUUUGUUCUAUCAUCGGUCCAUUCUAAAUAACAGCAUUUAUAAGAAACAAGACUUCACAUGUUAUCCUUUUUUUUCUAGGAGCUUGUUUCUUAUGAGGAGAACAAUGUGUUGUAUAAUAGAACUUCUAGUCAUAAGAAUGUACUGAUUUAGUUUAUAUAUUAUUAGUUCUAUUAAUUAAUAAAAUGUUAUCUAUUACCAAUUAA